GGAGGAAUAGGACACCAUGGACAGAUGGAGCGUACUCAGAGGAACUGUGCAGGGAAGGGAAAAGCAACAAGGCAGGUUGGAUUUCCAGGCGGAACACAAACUCCUGCCAUGAGAGCUGUUUUGUGCGGGGAUAGAUUGGGGACCUGGAUGAGAAGAUGGCAGUGUGUGCUUUAUUUGCAGGACAAUCUGCUUUGCAGGAUGGAAGACUGAGCAUUGCUUUUAUUUUGCCAAAGAGGCCUCAGGUAUAUUUGUAUGCAUCCUGAAACCUGCAUUGUUCUGCAGUUGUACUUCAUGGACUCAAAAGUACAGUGAUGGAUACUCUUGGAUGUCAGUGCCUUUUCACAGUCUCUGUUCCACCAUGUUGAAGAGGACUAAGGAUGCCUCCCUCCUCCUUCAUGUUCACCAUCUGUCCUCUUGCUAGGAUCUGGAUCCAGAAUGAACAUAGCUGCUGUGUUUAAUGCCUUGCUAGUAUCCAUCCUUGCAGCCGUGCUGUGGAAAUAUAUCAAGCUGCGUGACCACGUCUUUGUUCUGGAAGAGGAGCUGGUCCUCACACGCCAGUCCCAGGAACUCUCUCAAGUCCGCAUCGACUACCAUGCUGCUCUUCAAGCCCUGGUGGAAGAUGGCACCAGGAUGGUGUGUACUGGCAGGAUGCACACAGACCGUAUCUGCCACUUCGAGUCCCUCUGUUAUUCCACCGAGGCGGAAGAGUUUGUCUUCUUCCACAGCAACUCCUCCAUCAUGCUUCCUAACCUGGGCUCCCGAAGAUUUCAACCUGCUCUGCUUGAUCUGUCCUCGGUUGAAGACCACAAUACACAAUAUUUCAACUUUGUUGAAUUGCCGGCUGCUGCACUAAAGUUCAUGCCAAAGCCUGUUUUUGUCCCAGAUGUGGCCCUGAUUGUGAAUAGGUUCAACCCAGACAACUUGAUGCAUGUUUUUCAUGAUGACCUCCUUCCAAUCUUCUAUACCAUGCAGCAGUUUCCGGAUUUGGACCUGGAGGCCAGGCUUUUUUUCAUGGAAGGUUGGGGUGAAGGCCUUCACUUUGAGCUGUAUAGGCUGCUGAGCAGCAAGCAACCCCUCCUGCGAGAACAGCUAAAGACUCUUGGGCGUCUCCUUUGCUUUACCAAAUCAUAUGUGGGUUUGUCAAAGAUCACCACAUGGUAUCAGUAUGGCUUUGUCCAGCCCCAAGGCCCAAAGGCCAACAUCCUGGUCUCUGGCAAUGAGAUCCGACAAUUCACUAAGUUCAUGAUGGAGAAGCUGAAUGUGAGCUUGGAAGGAAUGCCUGGUGAAGAAUAUAUUAUCGUAUUCAGCCGUACUAUAAAUAGACUCAUCCUAAAUGAGGCAGAACUACUCUUGGCACUUGCUCAAGAAUUUCAGAUGAAAACCAUCACGGUUUCCAUUGAAGACCAUACAUUUUCUGAUAUCGUCCGCUUGAUUAGCAAUGCAUCCAUGCUAGUCAGCAUGCAUGGAGCCCAGCUGAUAAUGUCUCUCUUCCUGCCAAGGGGAGCCACAGUUGUGGAACUCUUCCCUUAUGCCAUCAACCCUGAACAUUACACACCCUACAAAACACUGUCUACUCUUCCUGGCAUGGAUCUUCAAUAUAUUGCCUGGCAGAACAUGGAAAAGGAGAACACCGUGACCUACCCAGACCGGCCCUGGGAUCAAGGAGGAAUUGCCCACUUAGACAAGGCUGAACAAGACCGCAUCAUAAAAAGCAGUGAAGUUCCUCGGCACCUCUGUUGUCGUAACCCAGAGUGGCUUUUCCGUGUCUACCAGGACACAAGAAUUAACAUUGCUUCCCUUACCCAGACUAUUCGGCAAACAGUAAAAACUAAGCCUGGGCCUAAGAGGCAGAAGUGGGCCAGUGGUCUCUACCCGGGGAAGGUCAGGGAGGCCAAAUGCCAAACCUCUGUCCAGGGCACCACUGAAGCAAAACUCUCUGUGUCUUGGCAGAUUCCUUGGAAUCUGAAAUACCUAAAGGUUCGGGAAGUAAAAUAUGAAGUUUGGAUACAAGAACAAGGAGAAAACACAUACAUGCCUUACAUCUUGUCCCAUCAGAACCAUACGUUUUCAGACAACAUCAAGCCAUUCACGAACUACUUGGUCUGGAUCCGGUGCAUUUUCAACAAAAAUCUCCUUGGGCCCUUUGCAGAUGUGCUCUUAUGCAGUACAUAACGGCUGCCGAGUUCCAGAUAUUCUGUAUUGGCAAGGGACUUUGCAUAAGAUGAACCCAAGUCCCUUUUCCCAUCAGUUGUAGAGGACUGACAAGGACUUUCAGUCCAUGCUAGUGCCUGAGUCUUCAUUUCCUUGCACUUGGUCUGUCUUUUCUUCUCCGUGUGACAUUAUUUUUGGUCAAGUUUGUAAAAACACUCUUGGCCCUUGAAAAAAGUCUGCAGGCAUGAGGCUACAAAUUGAAAUGUCAAUGGAAAGUAACUGUUGUACUUUGAUAGUAAUAUGAGUUGCACAUUUUCCUGUUCUUGUUCUCUCCUUCCCUUUUCUCUCUCUCGCUCUCUCAUGGUGAACAUUUUAAGCUCAACUUUAUGCUAGAAUUUGUUUAUGUAACUAGAUAAGCAAUUCAUUUUUGCAUUUUCCAGUCUUUAAUUUAAUUCAAUUUUUUAAAUUUUAUUUUUGAUUCCUCAAAACAUUGGCAUCAUAGACCAAAACAUUUGGUAGCCGAAUAUUCAUUAAAUUAUUGGAAAUCU